ACCUUUGUUAACGAGUGUCGGGACCGAUACUUCUGGAUGACGACUAAAAGAAGCUUCCUAAUUGGAGGGAAUUUCCGCUUCGAUAUCAUUGGUAACGACGGCAUUCACUCUCUGGACGAUGCCUACUCCGCAUCCUGUGGAUUUACCUACUCCGUUAAUAUCCCCGGCGACCUGGUAUUCAGAGCUUCUUUCCUUGCUUGUCACGUCUCCAGCAAGGAUGAUUCAGAGUUCAGCUUGAGAUUCCGUUUCGUUCGCAUCGACCAGUUCAGCAGAGAGACUUACUUCCCGUUCUCUAUGACCUGCAGUAUGGCCAAGCAAUGGUACCCCCGCGAAAUCGUCUGUGAAGAGAACUACAUGGAGAUUUCUGUAAGGAGGAAUGUGCCAGUUAUUGCUCAGGAAGGGAUGAAUACUGAAGACUGGCAAGCUGCUCUCCCUGCAGCCCAGGAAGCUGUAAUGUCAGUGUGGCAGGUUGUGUUCCACAAGACUGGACAGCCAGCAAAAUCCAUGAAUGCCUCCCUGGCUCAGUCUUGGGGCUACGUGAUCAACUCCACCUCCACUAGGAUCCUCUUCCGCUCACCCUAUAACAUGCCUGAAUCGGAAAGGCUUACAGUUAAUGGAAUCCAAGUGGAAGCAAUCCGGGCAACUGUCUUCUACAAGCAAAGGUGGAUGCUGCUAUUGGUGGACACUUCCGCUGCCUGUACCAAGAAUAUUGGUACCUUUGAUGGUACACAUUUGGCCUGGGUAGCACCCAGAGUCCUCACUCCACUGGUCCUGCAUAUAGAGAAGUUCCAGGACAAGGAUAUUUCCAUGGGUGUGGAAGGGAAGCUGCUUGACCUUGCCACUAUCCAAAGACGGAGCUAUGAACUGAAGGUCAAUGAGACCUUGAUAGAAAUUGCCAUUCCUUAUGGAGCAGAGGGUGGCUACCUAAAGAGUCGUGUCAUAAAUAACCAGUACAACCGUAUCUACGCCAUUGACCUAUACCUUGAGCACCAGUGGGCAGAUGACCUGUGGGAAGUGACCCAGCACCGCUCCUUCAAGCCAGUCCGCACCCCCUUCAUUGCUGAGACCCCCUUUGUUGUCAACAAUACCAUCCCAGCAGAAAAGGUCUUCACGGUGACCCUUGGCGUCUUCAACCCUGACGUUGAGCUGAAGAACUUCACCAUCAAUGGGGUUCCUUUGACCCUUCCUGAGGCCAUAAACCAAGGCAUUGUGCUAACUGAGGUCCACCACCCCAAUGGCACAAAGUCUUUUGUCCUGAAGGUCCCCUUCACCCAUCCACUCAUCCCACAAAAGUAUAUUGGCAAUGGUGUCAGGGAGUUUACCUUGAAUAUCAACUACACCUUGAACAUCAUCCCUGAGAAUGAGCCUUAUUUCCACCCUGCAACCAUUGUGUGUCAGAUUAAGGAUGUCGUACUUCCGGUGAUCCAGGGCUCUUGUACUGAAAAGAGCAUAGUCUUUGAAGUGAUGCGUGGGAACAUGGACCACCUCUGGGCCAUGUACAUUGAGAAACACCAGCUUACCUCUGAGCUGGUGGCUCAACGGGGCUACAUCAUCACCAACCAGACCAAGCUUAUUGUGGAGGUGCCGCUCUUCAGUAUUGGCUGCAUCUACGAGGAUAUCUCCCUCCGAGGCCUCUUUGUUCGAGUAGAACUGACCUUGAUGGAUAUCAGGACGCUGUCGGCAGUGCUGUCCUCUGUACAGCGCUGUCAGUUUGCUACCAAGCAGCUGCUGGUGUGCAUGCCUAAUGGUGUGAUGACGGUGGUGGCUGUGACCAUGGAGCCCAUACCAGUAGUGGAACCCAGCAAGACCACCCUGCUGGACAAGACCUGCAAACCCAAAGAGUUUGACUCAACCAGGGCUCUCUUCACCUUCAGUGUCAACACCUGUGGGACCAGGAGCAAGAUUGUGGAGAACUACCUGAUCUAUGAGAAUGAGGUGGUGUAUACCAGAGCGCUAUUCCCAGCCAAUGCUCCAGUCAUCACCAGGGACUCUGAAUACAGGCUGACAAUCCGUUGCCGCUACCCCCUCAAUGACACUAUAAAACUGGUAGCUGAAAGACGGGCUGUCCCUGCCUCCUCCAUUGGAAGAGGUCUUGGAUCCCUGCAGUUCCACCCUUACAGCUCUGGGCAGACGGGCCAGAAGAAAGCCACGGAUGUCUUGAAUCUGAAGGCCCGUCUAGCAAGAGAUGUGACCUUCUCCCAGUUCUAUCCCGAGUUCCCUGUGUCCAAGUCUGGGCUGGAGCCCUUGUUCCUGGAGGUUGGGCUCCUCCAUCACCAGAACUUGGCUGACCACCUCAUCCUGCAGGACUGCUGGGCCACAGAGACCCCUGAACUGGAUGCCACCCCUCAAUGGGACCUGAUCACUGAUGGCUGCCUGGCCAGUGGAGACUCCUACAAGACCCAGUUCCACCCAGUGUCUGCCAGCGCUCUCGCAAAGAGCCCCCACCACCUGAAGAGGCUUGAGAUCCAGGCUCUGUCUGUUGAAAACCAUGCCCUGUGGCAACAGAUGUACUUCCAUUGUCUAGCUGUGGUUUGUGCUUCUGAGAAGGCAGGUGUCUGCAAUAAGACCUGUACUGCUGGAGAUAAAAGAUCAGGCCGCAGUGUUGAGCUGGCUGACUCUGUCAAAGGCUAUGCUUCUGCUGGACCAGUCCAAAUUGUACCCGAGGGGGAAGCAGCCGCCCACCUGUUGGACGACAGGUUAGCUGCUAUUCGCAACUGCCUGGCCCUGUUUCAACCAGGCAAACAUGUCCUCAUCCACACGGACAACAUGUCAGUGGUUGCGUACGUGGAGGUCCACUAG